GGAGACGUCCCCCAGGUUGUCGCAGCCACUGUCGCGGCAGGGCGAGGUGGGGAGAACAUCUGUCCUGCUUCUCAUUGCCUGGCCCCCCCCUGCCUUCCCAUCGGGUCGCAUCUCGGAUCUGCCACCGGAGCCACGCCACCCUACACCCCUCAUCCCCGCGCACCAUGCCCGCCGCGCCCACCCCGCACCCGCCGCCCGCGGCCCCGCCGGCCCCGCCUGCCCCGCGCCAUCCCGCGCCUCCCGCCCCGGGAGGACAUCGAGGCCCAUGUGACCAUUCCCUAAAAUAUUUAAGCUCAAAAAUCACAGAGCGAAAGCUGCAGGGCACCUGGCUGUCUGCGGGUGGGGGGCAUCUGGAGAAACCAUUCCUGGGCCCCCGGGGCUCUGUCCUGCCCAUAUUCAGCCCUCAGAAUGGCCUUCAUUCAGGCCCUGCUGAGCACAGCCCACUGAAGCCCCGAGUGGUGACAGUGGUGAAGCUGGGCGGGCAGCCCCUCCGGAAGGUCACCCUGCUCCUCAAUCGGCGGUCAGUGCAGACGUUUGAGCAGCUCUUAGCCGACAUCUCAGAAGCCCUGGGCUUCCCAAGAUGGAAGAAUGAUCGCGUGAGGAAACUGUUUAACCUGAAGGGCAGGGAAAUCAGGAGUGUCUCUGAUUUCUUCCGGGAAGGAGAUGCUUUCAUAGCGAUGGGCAAAGAACCCUUGACGUUGAAGAGUAUUCAGAUGGCCAUCGAGGAGCUAUAUCCUCACAAAAACCGGACCUUGACAUUGACCCAGCACAGCCAACUGCCUUCUCCAAGGCUGAGAAGCAGACUUCAGAGCAAGCUACUGAAAGGCGGCCACUACUGUGGGGAGCCUGGAAGUGGCAGCGAGGCUGCUGGGGGCAAGGUGACCACCAGGCACCCAGGGAAGACUGCUGGGGAGCAAGUGCUGGAGGACAAAGCCAGGGCCCAGAAGAGAUGGGUGAGGGGGAAGCAGGAACCGGAAGCUGGCAGCAAGCCACCUAGGGAAACCCCUCUGGAGGAGAGGCAUGCCAGUGGAGAGAAGCACCUGGGGGUGGAGAUCGAAAAGACCACUGGGGAGAUCAUCAGAUGUGAGAAGUGCCAGAGAGAGAGGGAGCUGCAGAAGGACCUGCUGAGGGAGAGGCGCUGGCUGGGGACCAGUGAGCUGGACCUGGGGAAAGGCCACAGGUAUGACGUGGACAAGCUGGGGAGGACCAGGAGCUGCAGGAGGUCUCUGGAGGCAAACUCUACCAAUGGGGAAGAAGAGUGGAAGGGUAACAGUCAUGGAAACAGUAACAAGAAUCCCUUGCAAGAGCCUUGGGGAGCCAGCAAACACACAGACAAGAAAGAGGACAGAGAUCCAGAAGGAAAGGAAAGCCAGGGAGCAGCCAAAGCCAAGAAGGACCUUGUGGAAGUUCUACCAGUCACAGAGGAAGGAGCAAAGGACCCGAAGAGAGACUUUGGGCACUCUUGCAAGAGCAAGCAAGAUAUUUGGCUCCUAAGAGAGCAGCAGGCCAAGCCUGAGCAGCAGGCCAAACCCGAGCAGCCCUCCAGGACCCGAGGGGAAGAAAAGGAGGCAGAGAAGGAAAAGAAGCCAGGCAUAGCAGGAGGGAAAAAGAUGGUUCUUAGAGACAACCCACCCACUAAGGCAGAGAAAGAGCCCAAGACAAGGCCAGAAGACAGCAAGUCAGAGCGGCUCAGUGGUCGGAAGCUGAGGCCUAUGGGCAUCAUUGCAGCCAAUGUGGAGAAGUAUUAUGACACCGGCAGGGUCAUUGGGGAUGGGAACUUUGCCAUUGUGAAAGAGUGCAAGCAUCAUGAGACCAGGCAGGCCUUUGCUAUGAAGAUCAUUGACAAGGCCAAGCUCCAGGGCAAGGAAGACAUAGUGGACAGUGAGAUCUUAAUCAUGCAGAGCCUCUCUCACCCCAAUAUAGUGAAAUUGCAUGAAGUAUAUGAAACACAAACAGAAAUCUACCUGAUCAUGGAGUACGUGCAGGGAGGGGACCUUUUUGAUGCCAUCAUAGAGAGUGUGAAGUUCCCUGAGCCUGAAGCUGCCCUCAUGUUCAAAGACUUGUGCAAGGCCCUUGUCCACAUGCACGACAAGAACAUUGUUCACAGGGACCUCAAGCCAGAAAAUCUCUUGGUUGAGCGGAACGAGAACAAAUCUACCACCCUGAAACUGGCUGAUUUCGGCCUUGCAAAGCAUGUGGUGAGACCCAUAUUUACUGUGUGUGGGACUCCGACUUAUGUAGCUCCUGAGAUUCUUUCUGAGAAAGGGUAUGGCCUGGAGGUGGACAUGUGGGCUGCAGGUGUGAUCCUCUACAUCCUCCUGUGUGGCUUCCCCCCCUUCCGGAGCCCAGAGAGGGACCAGGAUGAGCUCUUCAGCAUCAUCCAGCUGGGACACUUUGAAUUCCUUGCCCCUUACUGGGAUAACAUCUCUGAUGCUGCCAAAGAUUUGGUGAGCCGGCUGCUAGUAGUGGACCCCCAAAAGCGCUACACAGCCCCCCAGGUCCUUCAGCACCCCUGGAUUGAAACAUCUGGAAAGACCAGCACGUUGAACCCACAGAAGGAGGGGUCUGUCAGCAGCGAGGGCCAUUCCCGGACCCAGCACAAGAAGGGUGCAGAGCUGGCAUUGUAGUCACUGCCUUGAGCAUCUGCCCAGCCACUGCAUUCUGCAGGAGGACAGGGUGGAAGUUGGAAAGCAAAACAAUGAGAGACCUUUCUUCACAUCACUGGAAAAUCAGGAGAGACACUCUGUAAUAUGUUAAAGAUAAAGCAAGUCUUGCUGUUAAAUGUUGUAAUGUACUUUUAGAUUUGUAUAUCUGAUGCCUUUAAUACUUCUUUUCUUUUUUUGGUGGGGGGUGAGAAUUGUUAUCCGUGAGGAGUUUUGGUAAUGGCAAUGGUUUUGCUUCUUCGUUGGAAUCAAGUUCAUGCUGUGCUCCACAUGGUGUCUGAACAGCCCCAUAAAUUUAACAAGGCAAAUCAUUGUCUUUCUGUGUUAAUAAAGCAUACUCUGAAUAAUA